AUGAAUAAAUAUCAAUUUCACGAUUCAGGUAUUGUUGACGAAGGUCUUUCUGAUGAAACUGAAUCAAUUGAAGAAGAUUUAAAUAAUCAAUCAGACGAAAAUGAAAUACCAAAAAAACCAAGUCAAUCAUAUUUAGAAAUAAUUGCGGAAGCGAUUCUAAAAUCAUCGAAUCGUAUGAUGCAAUUAUAUGAAAUUUAUAAUUAUUUUCAACGAAAAUAUCGAUAUUUUGCAGAAGAUAUAAAUAAAUCAUGGAAAAAUAGUGUAAGACAUAAUUUAUCAUUAAAUGAUUGUUUUGUUAAAGCAGGACGUGGAAAUAAUGGUAAAGGACAUUUUUGGCGUAUUCAUGAAUUAGCAGAACGAGAAUUUGAACAAGGACGAUUUCGACGUCGCCGUUAUCGUCAACAAAUGCGAGAUUUACAUUUGCAAGCGAAUUCAUCUUACAAUGGACAUCAAUCGAUAUCAUCUUUUUAUCCUGCUGCUCCUCCUCCUCCUUCUACUAAUUCAUAUUAUAUGUGUUCUCCACAUCAUCCUCCAUCAUAUCAUGCAAUAUAUUCAAGUCCAAAUAUUUCAUCAGAAUCUCAUCCAAUGACUUCAUCACCUUUACAAAAUAUUUGCUUAUCAUCUUCAACACCCACAUCUUAUCCAUCAUAUGAUCCGUAUGCAGCAUCUUAUUAUCCAACACAUUAUCAUUCAAUGGCUUCGUCUUAUACAAGUCCGAAUGUAUCAACAAAUUUUGAACUUGAAUAA